UUGGUAUUUAUAAAAUGUCAUCGGGGUUAACGGACUGGCGGAGAGAGGGGGCCGGGGUCGGAGACAAUUGAAGGCCGAAGAGGCGUCGACGGGCACGAGAAAGCGAGAGAAGAGAAGCGACUCCGACACGGCACCCCCACACUCCCCACUAUUAGGAGCCAAAAUACAUAAAGAGCGGCCGCAGUAGAAAGGGGGGAAGAAAGAAAUGGAGUAAGAUAAGAAAAAAAAAAAAAGAAAGGCAAAGAAAAUAAGAAGAGCUCCUGUCUCUCUUUCUCUCUCCUAUUUCUCCCAAUCCCUCUUCUCGCGCCCAAAACCCUCGGUUCGCGUCCUCGGAAAACCCUCCACUGGAGCCUCUCGCAGCGCCGUCCCCAUGGCUUCUCUCCCCCAGCUCGACGCACUCCUCCAAUAACAGAAAUAGGGAGUGCUUAUCUAAUGGCAUGGACAGAGAUGAGUGUUAGUAAUGGAAGAGAAAGCAUUGGUACGGCAUCAGAGAAUGAGUGCUUAAAAGGGCUGAGGUCUUCCUCGGAUGUACCACCAACACAGGUUCCCCACCUUAAGAAGAGGUUCGAAGGGAAAGAUGCGCUCUCCUAUGCCAAUAUACUUCGGUCACGAAACAAGUUUCCGGAUGCACUUGUGUUGUACGACAAUGUCCUUGAGAAGGACGGUACCAAUGUGGAGGCCCUGAUAGGCAAGGGGAUAUGUCUCCAGAUGCAGAAUAUGACACGACAAGCGUUUGAGAGCUUCAUGGAAGCUGUCAAGCUGGAUCCACAGAAUGCAUGCGCCUUCACUCACUGUGGAGUUAUAUACAAGGAUGAAGGUCACCUGAUAGAGGCUGCUGAGUCAUAUCAGAAAGCUCUGAAGGCUGAUCCUUCAUACAAACAUGCUGCAGAAUGCCUUGCCAUUGUCUUAACAGAUAUUGGUACCAGUUUAAAACUUGCUGGUAACACCGAGGAAGGCAUUCAGAAAUAUUGUGAAGCUCUAAAAGUAGACAGCCACUAUGCGCCUGCAUAUUAUAAUCUCGGAGUGGUGUACUCUGAGAUGAUGCAGUAUGAUAUGGCUCUUAGUUGCUAUGAGAAGGCUGCACUUGAGAGGCCCUUGUAUGCAGAAGCAUACUGCAACAUGGGAGUUAUAUAUAAGAACCGUGGGGACUUGGAAGCAGCCAUUGCUUGCUAUGAAAGAUGUUUGACUGUUUCUCCGAACUUUGAGAUUGCUAAAAACAACAUGGCAAUAGCUUUGACAGAUUUGGGAACGAAGGUAAAACUGGAUGGUGAUAUCAACCAAGGUGUGGCAUACUACAAGAAAGCGUUAUAUUACAAUUGGCGCUAUGCUGAUGCGAUGUAUAAUCUUGGUGUUGCAUAUGGCGAAAUGCUGAAAUUUGACAUGGCAAUCGUAUUUUAUGAACUGGCAUUACAUUUUAAUCCACAUUGUGCGGAGGCAUGCAACAAUUUAGGAGUAAUUUACAAGGAUAGAGAUAAUCUCGACAAAGCUGUGGAUUGUUAUCAGAUGGCUUUAUCAAUUAGACCUAACUUCUCACAGUCGCUAAACAACCUUGGAGUUGUUUAUACUGUUCAGGGUAAAAUGGAUGCUGCAGCAAGCAUGAUUGAGAAAGCCAUUGUAGCCAACCCCACGUAUGCAGAAGCAUAUAAUAACUUAGGGGUCCUUUAUAGAGAUGCAGGAAAUAUUGCUUUGGCUAUAGAGGCAUAUGAGAGAUGCCUACAGAUUGAUCCUGAUUCACGUAAUGCAGGACAGAAUCGAUUGCUUGCCAUGAACUAUAUACAUGAGGGAACGGAUGAUAAACUUUUUGAGGCUCACAGGGAAUGGGGAAGGCGCUUUAUGAAGCUAUACCCACAGUACACCAGCUGGGAUAAUCCCAAAGAUAUGGAACGGCCACUAAUAAUUGGAUAUGUGUCCCCUGAUUAUUUUACUCAUUCUGUAUCAUAUUUCAUAGAAGCUCCACUUUCACACCAUGACUACACAAAUUACAAGAUUGUUGUGUAUUCUGCAGUUGUGAAGGCAGAUGCCAAGACCCUUAAAUUUAAGGACAAGGUCUUGAAAAAGGGUGGAUUAUGGAGAGAUAUUUAUGGGAUUGAUGAGAAGAAGGUUGCUGGCAUGGUUAGAGAUGAUAAAGUUGACAUAUUGGUAGAACUUACAGGUCAUACUGCAAACAAUAAGCUAGGGACAAUGGCCUGCCGGCCAGCCCCUGUUCAGGUAACUUGGAUUGGAUACCCAAAUACAACUGGUUUGCCUACAAUUGAUUACAGAAUUACAGACUCAUUGGCUGAUCCACUUACGACUAAGCAGAAGCAUGUUGAAGAGUUGGUUCGUCUGCCUGAAUGUUUUCUUUGCUAUAUGCCUUCUCCAGAAGCUGGCCCUGUUACUCUGACACCAGCUCUUUCCAAUGGUUUCGUUACCUUUGGGAGCUUCAAUAAUUUGGCAAAGAUAACACCCAAAGUGUUGCAAGUUUGGGCAAGGAUAUUAUGUGCAGUUCCAAAUUCCCGACUUGUGGUCAAGUGUAAACCCUUCUGUUGUGAUCGUAUAAGGCAGAGGUUUCUUUCAACAUUGGAGCAACUGGGACUGGAACCUUUACGUGUCGAUCUUUUACCUCUAAUUCUUCUGAACCAUGACCAUAUGCAAGCAUAUUCCCUAAUGGAUAUCAGCUUGGAUACAUUUCCAUAUGCAGGAACAACAACUACAUGUGAGUCUUUAUACAUGGGGGUUCCGUGUGUUACUAUGGCAGGUUCAGUGCAUGCUCAUAAUGUUGGUGUCAGCCUUCUCACUAAAGUUGGGCUGGGGCAUUUGAUUGCCAGAACAGAAGACGAAUAUGUCAAGCUGGCCUUGCAACUAGCCUCCGAUGUCCCCGCUUUAGCAGAGCUGAGAAUGACCCUCCGAGAACUUAUGACAAAGUCACCAGUCUGUGAUGGAGCAAAAUUCACAAAGGGGCUAGAGUCUACAUACAGAAACAUGUGGCACAGGUAUUGUCGCGGUGACAUGCCAGCCGUCAAGCACAUGGAGUUGAUGCCACAGCAGCAGCCACUUUCAGAACAGGUUUCAGUGAAAUUUUCUGAGCCCAAAACAAACACGGUGCAAGAAAAUCAUCUAGGGUCAGUAAAGAUGAAUGGCAUGAGUUCAGUUCCAUGCUCCACCACAAACGCAUCCAACUGUGAGGAAAACGGAAACUGAUACAGAUCUUGAAGAGAUAUCCUGCAGAGAUUUGAUUAUGCUGGAAGAACAUACUGCCAACGAGACCAGAACCAUGGAGCAUUGCAUGCUCAAGUAGCUAGGUUUUUGGUCCAUUAAGUUAAGUCACCGAAAAUUCGUUGAAAUAAUGUUGUUUAUUUAGGAGAUGGCAAUGGCGUGGCUCAGUCAAUGUACAAGUGGGAGCAUCAUGAUGAUGGAGGCUGGUGGGUGCAGUUAUGAAAAUUUUCUAUGUAGUAGAAAUUGAGCCUCAGGGUUGGGGAUGGUGCUGAGGCUGAAGGCAUGAUUGUUAUAGUGGCAUUUUGAAAUUGAAAAGAAAAUCAUAUACUAGGUUUGUAAAUUUAGAUGCAGAUGCAUAAUCUUAGAAAAAAUGAAUCAAUUGACUUUCUUUCAGGUUACAGA